UCGGGACUUUCGCUCUUUCUCAAGAGAAACUCCUCAGCUUGAGGACACUCUGCGAUGCUAUCAUCUACAUUCUUCGUCGAUCUCUCAUCAUGACCGAGCCUGGUGAACCCCCUGUUCCCGAGGAACCGCCCAACGCAAUCCUGACCGACUCCCGCCCGACAUCCGCUCGUGACACCCGCGAUGACGACCGGGAAGCGUUAGAGCUUCAUUCGAUCCAAACGCGAGAAGACAACGAUCUGGAUUACUCGAGCCUAUCGGGUUCAUCUGGCGACGAGCACUAUGUGCCCACACAUCGGACUACGUCUCAAGCCGAUUCCUGGCGCAGACGUGAAGCCCGCAACGGCCUUUGGGGCCAAAUCUGUCGGUUCUGGACUCGACAUGUUAGUAUAACUGUGCCGCAGAAGAGUAAUCGAGAUCACUUUGCCCUGGAAAGAACGUUCCUUGCGUACAUACGCACGUCCACGGUUAUCGCUAUGCAAGGGGCACUCGUUGCUCAACUUUUCCGUCUACAACGGCCGUUGACAAAAGUCGAUCGCCUGUCGUUUCACGAAGUCGGUAUCCCGCUUUCGGUUGCCUAUCACUUUGUGGCUGUUAUCAUCACCUUGAUAGGUGCGUUCCGGUUCUGGAGACAACAAAAUGCUAUUGCUCGUGAGAAAGUAUAUGCCGGAGGGUGGGAGUUAAACUCGGUGGGAAUUUUAUUAUUCGCUGUUAUUGUGGCGACCUUGGUUCUUACUGUUAUCAUCUCAAUCCAAGUCGAUUUGAACGCCAGUGCCCUUCCCACUCGAAUAUUAUGGUCGUGAAAUAUCGUCCAUGAUUUUGUCACACUGGCCAGAUAUGCAUUUACAUAGCGAAGAAAAAGUUCACCCAACAUGGGCAUCUU